GUCCGCCUCAUAGCUAUAGUAGACCAACAUGUUAGACUAAAAAUCUUACCAAAAGGGCAAUCAUUACUUUCACUAAAAAACUCAUAUUGAUUCCAGGGUCCAUACGAUUUGAUAAUGUACAACACCUCAAAGUGCGUUAAGGAACAGCCUUGGUUCCACGUCAACGUCACAGUGUUCAACGGCAAAGUCCUCCGCGGCACCUUCGUCAAUCAGAAGGAAAUAAGUAAUGUCAAGUUCCGCAUUCAAACGUACUACUUAGACCAAGGAAAAAUAAAAGUUUUCGAGAUAAAGAACCAGAACUGCCAUAAUAUGAUCAUACAGAUAGUGCUCAAAGCACUUGGCAUGACCUACAACAGUAAGAAGUGCUCGAUGAAACCGAUGACGGCAGAGUUCGACAACCUGAACUUGGAUGCAGUCUUCCACUCGGUGGUGCAGAAAAUCUGGUACGGCUCCCUGCUAGUCAGGUGGGAGAUCGCCGUGCCCGCCGCCACGAUCGUGUGCCUCGAUAUCUACAUGCAGAGUAUUAAAGCCAAGAGUGUGGACAAUAAGGAGAAUUCCUAGCUGCCAUGCAAUUUUCUUGUACUAAAAUAAAACUGUUAUUGGACAUUAUACAGGGUGGAAUAAAUGACAACAAACGUGAUUUUUUUGCUGUUUUUUUCCGUAAUGGUCGGAACCCUUCGUGC